AUGCAGUAUGCGCCCUUCGCCCAACUUCCGCCCCCUCCCGGCCUCGUGGGCACUCGAUCCGAUCCCAUCGUGCUGCCGGCCGGCCCGAGCGAUCUGAAGCCCAGUUCGGAAGAGGAGACGCAGAAGAUCUUCAAGCUGGCUCGUGAUGUUGUGGCGGACCAUGAGAAGUGGCUGUCCACCAUGAGUGACGAAGAGGCCAGCCGAAAGGAGCGGCAAGACCUACUGCGUGUUGUUGCGCAGUCUUCAGGGACUGUUGACAAGAAAGCGACAUUACACUUUCAGAUGCCGGGUGGUUCGCAGGCGACAGAGAAGUUGGAUGUCGAGGCCACCACAGCCUUCGAGCUCAACUCCAAGGCCUACGAGCUCCUGUCCAACAAGCGCGAACAGUGGAAAAUCACGGUUUCAGGCCCCACAGCGGGCACUGCUUCCUCGGUCUUCGUCGAAGUCAAUGAGGCAAUGUAUGGGCAGAGCCUGGCCAGUUUAGGGAUGGCGCCGAGCUGCAGCUACACAGUGAAAGUUGUACAGUGA